UUUCCCAAGAACUACACACUCAUUUGUACCAAGAAACGGAUGAGAACAAGAGGCUGCUGAAGACAGAACUCUGCAAGCACCUGUGCACAGCAAUGCCUGUGGGCAUCUGUGAGAAGAGAAUCUGUGAAGUCUGAACAAGCGGCCUUCCCAAGAUGUACCGAAUAUCUCAACUGAUGUCAACACCAGUAGCAAGUCCUUCCAGUUUGGAAAAAGAAUAUGCUGGACAGUUGUCUCCCACAUGCAUUUUUCCAAGUUUCACCUGUGAUGUCCUGGAUGGUGACCAUUCUUUUGAAUGCUGCUCCAUAAAUCGCCUGACAGGCUCCCACAAUACCUGUCGCCGAAGUCCCAGACUCCUCACCAAUGGCUACUACAUUUGGACCGAAGACAGCUUCCUGUGCAACAAAGAUGGCAACGUAACUCUGAACCCAUCCCAGACCCGUGUUAUCUACAAAGAGAACUUAGUUAGGAUAUUUAGAAAGAAAAAGAGAAUCCGCCAUCCCUUUUCUUCUCUCUUCAACCUCAGUACCUCUAAAUCUUGGCUGCAUGGAAGUAUCUUUGGUGACAUUGAAUCUUCUCCAAGUGAGGACAACUGGUUGGAGGGGAUCAGGAGGUUGGACACAGACCACCACAAUGGAGAUGGAGGUGAUUUGGACUGUUCUUCUCUGUCUGGUGACUGGAAGUCAGGGAAGAUGAAUACAGAGUCUGCAAUAACCUCUUCCAGCCACAUCAUAUCUCAACCUCCUGGAGGAAACUUCCACGACUCGUCUCUUCAGUCCCAGUUGACAGCUUCUGAACAUUUCCAAGAGGAUAGUUCAGAUCAUUCAGAAACCAGUUUGUUGCAAGACGUCUGCUUUCAGGCAAUCCUACUUGCUGUGUGCUUAAUCAUUUCUGCAUGUGCAAGAUGGUUUAUGGGAGAAAUCUUAGCCAAUGUCUUCACAUACUCGUUGAUGGUAACUAUAGCUUGUUUAUCAAAAUUUGACAGUCAUUUAGGAAUGCCUUCGAUGAAUGUCCUCCAUCUGGACAUCUGCAAAUUGUCCAAGUUGCAGUCCACUUGGAAUCAGGUGUUUUGCUGGAAGGGAGUAAACGAAUAAUUGAGAAAAAGCCAUUUUAGUUUGACUAUGUGAUUUUUAAAAUGACCUCAGUUUUUCCAUCAAAAUAAUAAUACACUCAUGAAAAUAAUAUUAAUUUGCCUUUCCUUUUCGAACACCAGCAAUUGAAAAGAAAAGGACAGGAAUGUGAUGAAGAGCAGACCGCCUGUAAUAAAUGUUCCCCUGUGAUUCUCUAAGGCAGUGCUUCUCGAGCAUUAAUUUUCAUUAGGAAAUUCUGUGAGGAGCUUGUAACUGCAGAUUCCUGGGCCUGCCACAUGCACUUAUCCCUCGCUUAAUUGCUUAAUAGAAUAAUGAAAGUAAAUUUGUCAUUAAUACCAACUUGACAACUUGAAUAACAAUAAAUGCAAUUUGUAC